AUGGAGUAAGUUUUAUCUCUUCAAAAGGUCGUUAAAAGUUGGAUUAGGGGUUGAGAAUAAGCUGUAUCUUUGAGCAUUAAAACCGCUUUGUAAUGGAUGUAAUGCCAUUUCUUUACAAUUAGGGUUUUAGUAUAUUAAACCGGAAGUAGGAUAUUAUAGUAGUGUAUUGAGAAUGGCACAGUUUGAUGUGUCGUUUUUCAUGCAUUGGUGUCGUCCUAACCGCGUUUCCCAUCAUCAAAGGUAAAAUACCGAGUAUUUAGAUAAGAAAAUGGUUUAGUUCAGUGAAAUAUGAAUAAGAAACUAGAAAAUUAAAAAAUUUUUACUCAGUAUAAUAUAAUAAGGGCAGGUUUUGUAAAAAAUAUGAUCUUUUGUUGUUUAUGGUCACGAGAUUUGUCUUACACAAUACUUGUGGUUUUGUAAAAAGUGUUAUUGGCGUCGGAAUAUUAAUAUAGGAGUCAAAAAUUGAUUUUUUUAGUGUCUUUGGUGCUGGUCAAGCAUAAUAUGCCAUACCUUUGUGUAUUUUAGAUCUUAUAAUAUAUCUUUGGUCUUAAACUUUUUCAGAGAUAUUAAACAUUGUUUUCACAUAAGUUUAGUGUAAAAUUGUCUUGGGAUAACUUUGUAAACUUAACGUUACUAUACGUCUUAAAACAAGCUUAUCAUUUUUUUCUUUCAGCCGGGACUUGUCCUCGCAUCCCAGCGAUACUCCGUCUCUAAAGCCAUACCCACCUAAGGGAGACGGGAUGCCAGUUCCAUCACGUGCCCGCGUCUACGCGGAUGUUACUAUGAGGAAACCCAGGGAAUACUGGAAUUACGAAGUUCAUCAGAUCGAAUGGGGAAACAUCGAUGAUUACCAGUUGGUCCGCAAGCUGGGCCGAGGAAAGUAUUCUGAAGUUUUUGAAGGAAUUAAGUUGCCAAACGACGAGAAGAUUGUUAUCAAAAUAUUGAAGGUAAGGAUUCAUAUUUUUCUUGGUUUUUAGGUGAAGAAUGAAGGAAAAUUGAUGUGUUUUGGUAAAAUACAAUAGCGACGUCGCUUGACUGCAUUUUAAAUGAAAUCACGGCUUAUAUUUAUAGGGAACUUACUUAUAUCACACGAUUUUACGUUUAUUUCUAACAAAGAUAUUGUUUUAGCCAGUGAAAAAGAAGAAGAUCAAGAGAGAAAUAAAAAUUCUGGAGAAUUUGCGUGGUGGCACGAAUAUCAUCACUCUUUUGGACGUUGUUAAAGAUCAUGUUUCAAGAACACCGGCUCUCAUCUUCGAAUACGUUAACAACACCGACUUCAAGCAGUUAUACCAGACUCUUUCUGAUUAUGACAUUCGAUACUAUUUGUACGAGCUUUUGAAGGCUUUGGACUUUUGUCAUUCGAUGGGAAUCAUGCAUAGAGAUGUGAAGCCACACAAUGUUAUGAUAGAUCACGAGAAGCGACAGCUACGUCUUAUUGAUUGGGGAUUGGCAGAGUUCUAUCAUCAGGGUCAAGAAUAUAAUGUUAGAGUAGCUUCGAGAUACUUUAAGGGGCCAGAGCUGUUGGUCGAUUAUCAGGUAGGAAUUUUGAUUGUUGUUUUGUACAUAAGUGUAUAAGGAAUUUAAUCAUGACAUGUUUUUAGUGUUAUGACUAUUCACUUGACAUGUGGAGUUUGGGAUGUAUGUUAGCUUCAAUGAUUUUCCGCAAAGAGCCUUUCUUCCACGGGCAUGAUAACUAUGAUCAAGUAAGUCUUAAUUUUGUUUUUAUUUUUAGUUAUAUUUACGAAGAGAAUACGUCAAUUUGAGCUGAUAAUGGAAUAAAAAUUGUUUUUAAUUUAAUAAUUGAUUUUAGCUGGUCCGAAUUGCAAAGGUGUUAGGGACGGACGAAUUGUUUUUGUAUAUCGAGAAGUAUCACAUUGAAUUGGAUCACCGUUUCAACGAGAUUCUUGGAAGGUAAUUGUUGGCAUGAAUUUUAAAAGUCUUGGCAUUAACUUAAUACUUUGUUUUUAAAAUAAUUGUUUUAUUUCAUAUUGUUUUAGACAUUCUCGAAAACGAUGGGAACGAUUUGUUCACGCUGAGAAUCAGCAUUUGGUGUCGCCCGAAGCAAUUGACUUUUUGGACAAACUACUUCGGUAUGAUCAUCAAGAACGUCUGACUGCUCGUGAAGCUAUGAAUCAUCCAUACUUUGCCCAAGUUGUUCAAGAACAUCAGCGGAAUGCGGAAGGUAAGUAUUUUAAAUGUUUUUAUGAAGAAGCGUUUUUGUACUUGUAGUUAAAAACCGAUGUCUUCUUGAAUAUAGAAGCAUUCUUGGUUUAUUAAUAAGAUUUUGGAUUAAAAUAUAUAAAAAAUUACUUUUUUAGUCAAGAACGGGGUGUUAAACUAAAUUAAUUUAAUGUUUAGCCGCCCCUGACGCACCAGCCCAGGACGGAGCCGCUUCCGAAUCGAACCUAUCUACAGCCGCCUCAAACAACUCGUUGGGACCGCAGUAA